UUUUCAACGCGCUGUUAUGUUAUCACACUGCUCUAGAGAACGAGAGAAGUCCGAAAGAUGUCUCUCUACCGAAACACAGUUUGGUUCCUGAAGGGUCUACAGGAAUAUACAAAGGGUGGCUAUGAGUCCGCAGCGAGGCGCUUUAACGAGGCGGAUCUGGAGGUGAGUGUGAGCGGCCGCUCGUUCAUCAUCACCGGAGCGAACAGCGGCAUCGGGAAAGCCGCCGCCUGCGAAAUCGCCAAAAGAGGUGGGACAGUACAUCUGGUGUGCAGGAAUGAAGAUCGUGCAAAUGAGGCAAGAAAAGACGUUGUGGAGCAAAGUAAAAAUGAGAAUGUCCACGUUCACCUAGUUGACAUGUCCAGCCCCAGGAAAGUGUGGGAGUUUGCUAGUGGAUUCUCUCAGAAUCACAAUCUACAUGUUCUGAUCAAUAAUGCAGGUUGCAUGGUCAAUCAGAGAGAACUGACAGAGGAUGGCCUGGAGAAAAACUUUGCAACAAACACACUAGGGAUGUAUAUACUGACAUCAGCGCUGAUUCCCACACUGAAGAAGUCGGAGAAUCCCAGAGUGAUCACUGUGUCAUCUGGUGGGAUGUUGGUUCAGAAGUUAAAUGUAGAGGACUUUCAGUUAGAGAAAGGCUCCUUUGAUGGCACCAUGGCCUAUGCACAGAACAAGAGGCAACAGGUGACCAUGACAGAGCAAUGGGCAGCUCAGCACAAGGAAAUCCACUUCUCAUCAAUGCACCCCGGCUGGGCAGACACCCCAGCGGUGCAGUCAUCCAUGCCAGAUUUUCAUGCGAAAAUGAAGAAUAAACUCCGUACUGAAGCUCAAGGUGCAGACACAGUGGUGUGGCUGGCCAUAUCAGAUGCCGCCAGCAGACAGCCCAGCGGCCUCUUCUUCCAAGACAGAAAAGCGGUUUCUACGCAUCUGCCUCUGGCCUCCUCCAGGUCUUCACCAGCUGAAGAACAGAAUCUGAUGAGCAAGCUGGAGGAGCUCGCUGUGAAAUUCAAGUGUUAAUUGUUUGGCUUAGUGGCCAAAUUCACAGAAGUCGUC